AGCAGUGGCGGACCAGUAAAGCAGCUAACCGGGUGGGUGGUCAUAAUUAUUUCCUCGUUACGGCUUCAAGGAGGAUAUUUUCAUCUCUAAUCUGCAUUCGGCUCAGGCGUCGCUCAAGGCUUGUUUAAAAAGCUCUUCCCAGAAUUCAAACAGAAGCAGAUUUUUUUCAGCCCUUGCACGGAAAACCUGUAGAUGCCGUAGUAUUUGCUGUGUUCCCACCAGUCAAACAGAAUGCCAAACAUUGUAAUCGCCGCCAUACUUGUUCUUUGUGCAUUUUAUAAUGUCCAGGCAGAACCGUACGCCUUUUCCCAGCCGGUAGGCCCUGGGGGAGGUACAUCAUUCACUCUCGGUGGAGAUGGGCCCAUCACAGCUAUCAGGUUAUGGGAGCGAUACAACAGCUAUAUCACCGGUAUCCAGUUCCGCUAUGGUAGCACUUGGUCAGCUCUAAUUGGCUCUGAAACAGGAAUGCCCAAGGAGCUGGAGUUGUUCAAGGGUGAAACCUUUAUUCAGGUUUCUGGAAAGUACACCAAUGUCAUUUACUCGCUUGUGUUCAUCACCAACAAGGGCCGAACGCUGCAAGCGGGACAGCCCGUUGGCAAUUCCUUCAACAUGUAUGCCCCCACCAAGGACACUGAGCUGAUCCUCAUCAGCGGCCAAAACCGUGGAGGCUCUUUUACAUUCUUUGGGACACAUUGGGGCGUACCUAAAUAUUAUCUGUAGCCUCAUUUGAAUGUAACCUUCUCUCAGCUUGGUUCUUGAAAAAUUAAUAGGUAGAUUAUGGGCUUUUUUUUUUUUUUUUUUUUACUCUUAACUGGAUUAAUCAGUUUAAAUGUGAUUUCUGAGACUUAAUUGGACCUUGUCCCUGUCAGAAUUAUAACAGCUAGCCUAUAAAUUUCUUUCUUAUUUUGAUUUUUUUUUUUAUAUAUAUGCAGCACUUGUCUCUGUACUGGCUAAGCAUGAAAGAAUAUGAGAUAAAAUAAAUAUGGAAACAAAAGGGCAAGCAACGGCGUCACUUUAUUGACAAAAAAGGUUGUAUGAAUGCUAUUUUUUCCUCAAGGUGUCACUGAUUGGUAAAUUUGAUUUGUGGAAUUUGCAUUUCAUUGCAAUAAAAUCAUGUUUUGCUGUCGUUUA